CUGCGCGGCGAGCGGCACCGGGCGGCCCGAGCGGGGCCCGAGCGGCACCGGGCGGCCCCGCCAUGGCCAUGGCGCUGAAGAUGCUGCCCUGCAAGAAGCGCCGAGCGGCGGCGGCGGCGGCGGGGCCGCCGAGCCCCAGGGAGCGCGGGGAGGACGCGGAGCUGCCCGGAGGCUCCGGUGCUGCCGAUGGAGGCGGCUCCGCCAGGCCCGCGGGGAGGGGGCCCGGGGAGGCCUCGCCGAAGAGCGGGAGGAAGCCCCCGGUGAGGGCGGCCCUGAGCCCCGGGCAGGAGCUCCCCGCGGGGCCCGGCAGCCCGGCGGCGGCGGCGGCGGAAGGGAAAAUCCCCAAGCUGUACACAGAGGUGGAGGUGAGCUCUCAGAGGGAUCUGUGUCCAGGUGAAAGCCCUGGGGCAGUGCCAGAGUCUCCAGGGAGAAGCUCCCUGCAGGUUGCUGCUGCCAGAAAUCCCACCACGAUGAAGCCACCCAAGAACACCAGAGCUGAGGAGCAGGAUGGGGAGGACGUGGAGAGGAGGAAGAGGAGGAGGAAGGCAAGCAAAAGGAAAAGAGAAGGGAAGAGCCAGGAAGAAGAGGGCUCCUUGUCCUGUGACAUCAAGCUGGACGAGUCCCUGGACCGCACCCUGGAAGACGGAGCCAAGCAGCACAACCUGACCGUGGUCAACGUCAGGAACAUCCUGCACGAGGUGAUCACAAACGAGCACGUGGUGGCCAUGGUGAAGGCAGCCAUCAGUGAGACAGAAGAUAUUCCUUUGUUUGAGCCCAAAAUGACUCGUUCCAAGCUGAAGGAAGUGGUGGAGAAAGGAGGGGUGUUUUUGUGUCUGCAGGUGAUUCCCACAUGGAACAUUUCUCCAAUCAAGAAGGCAAACGAGGUGAAGCCCCCUCAGUUUGUGGACAUUCCCCUGGAGGAAGAUGACUCCUCUGAUGAAGAAUACCAGCCUGAUGAUGAAGAGGAGGAUGAGACUGCAGAAGAGAGCUUGCUGGAGAGUGAUGUGGAGAGCACAGCUUCUUCUCCUCGUGGAGCCAAGAGGUCCAGGACACGACGCUCCUCUGAUGAGGAGGGGGGCACCCCCUGUGAGGUGGAGAUGGUCACCCCCCCUGCUGUCAGACACAUCAGUGCUGAGGUGGUUCCCAUGGGACCUCCCCCACCCCCCAAGCCCAAGCAGAGCAGGGACAGCACCUUCAUGGAGAAGCUGCACGCCGUGGAUGAGGAGCUGGCCUCCAGCCCUGUCUGCAUGGACUCCUACCAGCCCCUGGAGGACAGCCUGAUUGCCUUCAGGACCCGCUCCAAGAGGCCCCUGAAGGACGUUCCCCUGGGGCAGCUGGAGGCCGAGCUGCGCGCGCCCGACAUCACCCCCGACAUGUACGAGCCCAGCACGGGCGACGACGAGGAGUGGGAGAGGUGGCUCAGGGGGCUCAUGAAUGAUGACGUGGAGAACGAAGAUGAAGCUGAUGAUGAUGAUGACCCAGAGUACAAUUUCCUGGAAGAUCUGGAUGAACCAGACACUGAAGAUUUCAGGAAUGACCGUGCUGUGAGAAUCACCAAAAAGGAGGUGAACGAGCUGAUGGAGGAGCUGUUUGAGACAUUCCAGGGUGAGAUGGGCUUCUCCAGCAUGAAGGAUGAGAGGCCAGAGGAUGGAGAUGCUGUCACAGAGUCCCGGCCAAAUUUCAACACCCCCCAGGCCCUCAGGUUCGAGGAGCCCCUGGCCAAUCUGCUGAACAAGCAGCACCAGACAGUGAAGGAGCAGCUGGAGCAGCUGAGGAUGAAAAAAUCUUCCCUGAGAGCCCCCCCGGAGGCUGAAAAAGCCAAAAGUGAUCCCGAGAGGAGCCUGCAGAGCCUGGGGCUGGACAGCGCCCAGAGGAGGCGGCUGCAGCAGCAGAUGCAGCAGCACGUGCAGCUCCUGACCCAGGUCCAUCUCCUGGCCAGCUCCAACCCCGCGCUCAGCUCCGAGGCCAGCAGCACCCAGCUCUUCCUGAGCGAGCUGUGCAGCUUUGCCUGCAGCUCCCGGCUGCAGCAGGGCCCGCAGCAGCCCGGGCUGCCCAGCAUGUUCCAGCCCUGCAACCUGCCGGGGGCGCUGCAGCUGCUGCAGGACUUCCACGCCCAGGUGCCCGUGGACUGGAGCCCCAGGAAGGCAGCCAAGAGUGCCAAUGAAUUCUCCUGCCUGCCAAAGCAGGUGGCCUGGAUUUUGGCCACCAGGAAAGUGUUCAUGUACCCCGAGCUGCUGCCAGUGUGUGCCUUGAGAGCCAGCCCUCCCCAGGACAAGAUCCUCUUCACCAAGGCUGAGGACAACUUGUUGGCUCUAGGGCUGAAACAUUUCGAGGGCACGAAUUUCCCCAAGCCUUUGAUCAGCAAAUACCUGCUGCCCACCAAAACUGCUCACCAGCUGACAGUGAGGAUCAAGAACCUCACCAUGAACAGAGCCCCUGACAACAUCAUCAGGCACUACAAGAGGACCAAGCAGCUGCCGGCGCUGCUGAAGGUCUGUGAGGAGGUGCAGCCCCACGAGUGGAGAGCUCCUGUGCACAGGGAGGAGCACCGCCUGCCCUUCUGGCUGAAGGCGAGCUUGCCCUCCAUCCAGGAAGAGCUGAAGCAGCUGGCAGAAGAUGCCAAGGAGGCACCAGCUUCCCCUGCAGGUGGAGGAUGUGCCCUUCUGGGGACAGAGAGGGGACCUGCAGGCGGGGAAGGCGAUGACAAAUACCCUCUGCUGAUGCCCAAGGGGCUCGUGCUCACCCUGAAACCUUUGGGCAACCGCUUCUCCAGGAGGCCCUGGAGGAGGCAGAGGUCUGCAGCUCUGAAGCCUGUCCUGAUCCGGCCCAGCCCCUGCCUGCAGCCCAGCUCCAGCCCCCUGGGCGUGCAGAAGAGCCAGAAGCUGGCUCAGGCAGAGGCUGCCCCCGGCCGCCUCCGGAGCCGCGUCCCCCGGCCCAUCCAGCCGGCGCCGCCGCCCCUGCCAGUCCCGGCGCUGCUGGGAGCUGGGGAUGCCUUGGAAUUCCAGAAGGUUCUUUCUGCUGGCCAGCCAAACUCCAGACAAGCCUUCCCAGCUGCCGUACCCCCAGCUCUGGUGGCCUCAGAGGUGGCUCUGCAGCCCAAGCUGGCGCUGCCGGCCUCGGCCGGGGCGAGAGCGCGCAAGGCGUGCGUGAGGAAGGGCUACCAGAGGAAGAAAGGGACCAGAGCUGCCCCGGUGCUCAAAACCUCCCCGGUGAUCAAAGCUUCCCCUCUGCUCCAGCCCUCCCCCGUGAUCCUGACCGUCCCUGCCACCACGGUGAAGGUGCUGAACAUCGGCAAUGGCUGCAACGUGAUCCAGCCCCUGAGCACGGCCGUGGGCCGGGCCGCCCAGGCCAUCCCCGUCACCACCCUGCUGGUGAAUCCCUCCCCCUUCCCAUGUCCCCUGAAUCAGCCUCUGGUCACCUCCUCCAUCCCGUCCCUGAUCGUGUCCCCCAGCCCUGUUGCUCUGUCUGCUCCUGCUGGGGGUGAAGGGGAGGAGAAGCUGACCCUGCUCCCUGCUCCGGGAGCUUUCCCUGCCGCGGAGCCCAAGGCGGAGCCCCCGGAGCUCUUGGUGCCCUGCUCCUUGUCCCCAAAGGAGGAGCGUGGCACAAACCCAGCCUGUGGGGACACCAGGGACAAGGGGAACGAGGGUGACAGCUGCAGCUGGGCGGUGGCAGAGGGGGAUGGGAACACACCAGAGCCUUUGCCCGUGGUGGAGCUUCUGCCUCGCUUCGAUCCCGACGCGCCGCUGGAAGUCAAGGCUGAGGAUGGAAGUGACGCUCCCAAGGAGGCCGAGCUGGCCCAGGAAAGGGAACUUUUACCUGCUGAAAGCAAGGAGGAGUUCAUGCUGGGCCUCGGCCAGGAGCUGAGCGUGGAGGCUGCUUGUUCCUCUGGGGAUGAGCCCAAGAAGGAGCAGGUGGCCUGCGAGGAGGAGGCAGAGGAGGAAGGCCAGGCUGUGGCUGUGCCCUCCCCGCCCCAGGGGGAGCAGCAGGGGGAGCCUGGGGGGGCUGCAGGACCCCCAGGCUCCAGUGACUCUCCAAAGGAGCCCCCUGAGAGGGAGGCAGAGUUCAGCAGCCCCCCGGGAAGGCCAGAGGACUCAGGCAGCGUGGACGGGCAGUCCGUGGGGACACCGGCCGGCCCCGAGGCUGCAGGGGACAGGGAAGGGCAGGAGGAGGAGGAAGAAGAUGAUUUCGAUGAUUUGACACAGGAUGAGGAUGAGGAAAUGUCAUCAGCUUCAGAAGAGUCAAUUCUGUCAGUGCCAGAACUGCAGGAGACAAUGGAAAAACUGACCUGGCUUGCAACAGAGAGACGUUUGAGCCAAGAAGGAGAUUCAGAGGAAGAGAAUUCCCAGGAGGAGAACUCUGAGCCCGAGGAGGAGGAGGAGGAGGAAGGGGAAGGAGCUGAGAGCCUGCAGAAAGAUGAUGAAACCUGUGGGGAUGCAUCAGAGGAGCCCAAAUCUGCUUCCACCACGGCCAAGGCAGCUUCCCCACAGGUGGAGGCUCUCAGGAGGCCAGCAGGAGAGACCCUGAAAGCCCCUGGGAAGAGCAGGAGCUCCCACAGGACCAGGAGCAAGAGGGGCAGAGCUCGUGGCAGCAAGGACACCUCCAAGCUGCUGCUGCUCUACGACGAGGACAUCCUGGAGAGGGAUCCCCUGAGGGAGCAGAAGGACCUGGCCUUUGCCCAGGCCUACCUGAGCAGGGUCCGUGAGACCCUGCAGCACAUCCCAGGAAAGUACGAAGAUUUCCUGCGCGUCAUCUACGAGUUCGAGAUCAGCGCGGACAAACGGACGGCCGUGGACCUCUACUCCACCCUGCAGAAGCUGCUGCACGACUGGCCACAGCUGCUCACAGACUUUGCUGCCUUUCUUCUGCCAGAGCAAGCUCUGGAGUGCGGGCUGUUUGAGGAGCAGCAAGCCUUUGAGAAAAGCAGGAAGUUCCUCAGGCAGCUGGAGAUCUGCUUUGCUGAAAACCCUGCCCACCACCAGAAGAUCAUCAAGGUCCUGCAGAGCUGUGCAGACUGCGUGCCCCAGGAGAUUGCAGAGCUGAAGACCCAGAUGUGGCAGCUGCUGAAGGGCCACGACCACCUGCAGGACGAGUUCUCGGUUUUCUUCGACCACCUCCGGCCCUGCGCCAGCCGCAUGGGGGACUUUGAGGAGAUCAACUGGACCGAGGAGAAGGAAUACGAGUUUGAUGGCUUUGAGGAGGUGUCACUGCCAGAUGUGGAAGAGGAGGAUGAACCACCCAAAAUUCAUGGAGGCAGCAGGAACAAGAAGAGGAAGGAGAUUGGAGGCCAACACCAUGAGAAGGAGGUGGAGUGGGUGGAGGGGCUGAAGGAGUGCUCCUGCCCCUGCUCCUGCCAUGAGGGGAGCAGCGACCCGAGGCUGAAGAAGAGCAAGAGGAGGAGCUGCAGCCACUGCGGCAGCAAGGUGUGUGAGCCCAAGCUCUACAGGCACAGGGAGCCCCCGGAGCUGCCCGGCCCCAGGGAGGGCAGGGAGCCCGGCGUGCCCCGGGAGCCCGGCGUGCCCCGGGAGCCCGGCCCCGGCCGGGAGAGCCCGGAGAGCAGGGACGAGCCAGAGGACACCCAGGGCAGGGCAAGGCCCGGCAGCAGGAGGGGGGAGUGCCUGUGCCCAGCAGGAUCUCAGCUGGAAGGAAGGGCGGCCUCCAGCACUCCUGGGGAAAAGGCUGCCCCUGCUGCUGCCCCUGCUGCUGCCCCUGCUGCUGCCCCUGCUGCUGCCCCUGCUGCUGCCCCUGCUGCUGCCCGCGUUCCAGAAGGUUCCAGUGCAGGUGUGGGCGCUGCCAGGGACGGGGACUCUGCAGCCACUGGCCCCAGGUGGGCUCUGGAGCUGCCCCGAGGGAGCAGAGCCUGCCCUUGCCCCGAGGGGCUGCAGCAGCCCGGGGGGGACCUGCUGCUCUCUGCCGCAGCCAGAGCAGCCCCAGGAGCUCCCCCCUGCCAGCCCGGGGGGCUCCCCCAGCCCGGGGGGCUCCCCCAGCCCGGGGGCUCUGCUCCUGCUCCUGCAGGCAGCCCAGAGCUGCAGGGAGCAGCUGGAGCACAGCAGGGCUGCAGGGGGGACACCCGGCACAGAAGCUGCCCCGGAGAUGCUCCCGAGGCCAGGCCAGGGUCCAGUGCAGGCAGCAGCAGCUUCCUGGGGCAGCAGCAGCCCGAGCAGCUGCAGGGCAGAGCAGGGCCCAGGGAGGAGGAGCAGCAGCAGCAGAGGGUGACAGAGGCCACCGUGUGUGCCAAGAACAGCAAAGUCAGCUCCACCGGGGAGAAGGUCGUGCUCUGGACCAGGGAGGCUGACAGAGUCAUCCUCACCACCUGCCAGGAGAAGGGAGCCCACCUGGACACCUUCCACGCCAUCUCCCAGAAACUGGGCAACAAGACAGCCAGUGAGGUGUCCCACAGGUUCAGGGAGCUGAUGAGGCUGUUCCACACCUCCUGUGACGGCAGCUCUGAGGAUGAGGAGGAUGCCACCAGCACCAGUAACACAGACCAGCUGUCAGACAAAGACCUGCUGCUCUCUGAGGAAGACCCUGAUGACUGAGAGGAUCAACCACUGACUGACUGCACCCCAAGAGAGUUUUGGUUUUAUUCUCAGUUUGCUGCUAGACAGGUGCUGUGGGAAAAUGUUUGCACAGGUACUUGCGCCAGCACCUUAAAUUUAUUUUGUUUUAUUUUGUUUUUUGUUCCAUUUCCAGCCUGUUCCAAACCAAAGGCAGGAAGUAAAAGGAGAAAAUUCUUUAGGACUCCCCUGGGGAGUUUCAGCAGUGGAAUAAGAGAACUUGUGGACACUGACCUGGCCUUGGGGUGAAGCCCCUGACCAGGACCUGUAAAUAUUGUACCCUGAGAUGUCAGUUUUCAUCUGGAACAAACACGUGACCUUUUCUAAGUUC